UAUAGUUAUAGGACUAUGCUGAAUAACAGAAAAAAAGAUAUGGAAUUAAUGAGGAAAAAUCAUAAGGGCAAGUCGAAACAUUGUCCUUUUCCGAUUGUUGACUGGUAUAAUGAUAUCAUGGAUUGAUACAGAAGUGGUACAGUGUUAGACUGUUACGGUGUGAAGCGAGGCGUAGCAGCCUGAGUUCGCUGCUAGAGGGAGACAGCUGUAUGACUUUUUACUAUAUAUGGGGGGACUGUCAGUAUGGGAGGAAAGAAAUCUAAAUAUCAGAGCAUGGAGGGUAAAUGUACAACGGCUAAAGAUGAUUCGUCUGAAAAGAACGGGGCGGAGCCAAACCCGAUUGAUUACGAGAAGCUCUAUUUCAAGGCCGAAUUCACGGCCAUGGACAAAGAAAACCGCGGGAAACUGACUACGGCAGAGUUCGUCAAGCUGAUGAUGUUUCUGGGGUACGGAGAAAGAUGGAAAGUGGAGGAGCUUCUAAAGUCUAUCAAUACGGAGGGCGAUGGAUUUAUAACUAUUGACGAGUUCUAUGACGCCAUGGGCCGCCCAGGAGUAAAGGACGGAACAUCAAGGUUACGCAAUAUCUUCUUUAAGUUUGAUGACAAUAAAGAUGGGCGCGCGACAAAGGAGCAAAUACUUCAGGGGUUCACAGACAUGGGGGUCGAGGUCGAUGACGAAAUCAAGGACAAGGUCAACAAACUGGACACCAACAACGACGGGAAAGUGGCUUACCAAGACUUCGUACAGAGUCAGCUGGUGACAAAAGGCGUGCUCCACUAGUGUCCGAAAUCUACACUAGGUGGAGAUAAUCAGCUACUGGCAGGCAGGUAUACUUGUGGUCAGUUAUUAGAUUUGAUGGUUACGGGAAGGUGAGCUCUACUGUGGACUAGUCAUUUGUUGGAUGUUUAUGUAGAACAUUGAUAAAACAAUGCUGGGAUAACUGAGUUGAUGUAUUUAUUUAUUAUAUCAUAUUACUUUACUUUAUUUAUUGAUUUUUAUCUUCUUGAGAGAGUUUUUUUUUUCUAUUGAUUGAUUUCAGUAUUUAACAGCUUUAAGGAAUAAAAUGUGCAAGUUUUAUCUAUUCAAUAUUAUGUAUUAUGUUUAUUCAUGUGCAAAAUG